AUGCGUUUUUGGCGACAUGAUGCGGUUGGUGCCAGACGGCAUCCUGAGCGGUUCGGAGAGCUUCUUGACUCGGCUUUUGAGUCAACAGUGCUAGAGGUUAGUGCAGUGGCUGUCGCACCGCCAUCAGUCUGCCCAGCCCAAGGUUUCGAGGAUGCGAGGGCGGCAAUUUACUCAGCCGAGACUGUGCAGUGGCAGGAAUGCAGAGUGCAUGGCUGCAGCUGUUUGGUGCCGCACGUUGAUUUUGACAUGUCCGGCCUGCCCUGUGUUGACAACUCACAAAUGAAACAGUGCAACGGAGCUCGUCAGUUCGAAGAAGGUCCAACAGGACCUUUGUUUUGCGUCUGGGCUUUGCGGCUUCGGCGCUACCACAUUCCUCUCGCAGUGCUAGAGAACACGCCUGCCACUAGGAUCGCAGCUAUUGACUGCCGCACGCACAUCCUGGACAAGCUUCUUGGUGACCUCUACAAUGUGUACCCCUUGCGGGUCGAGCCCGCCGAUGUUGGUCACAGCGGCGUCUCCCGCACGAGGCUUUAUGUGAUCGUGGUGAUCAAAACAGCACGAAAGCUGGCUGACCCUGUGCAGCUGUUUCACAGUGUUGCCGACCACGUGCGGACACGCUUCCAGACGAAACCCCGGGACUACUUGAUAGCAGGGGACCUGGAGGUUCAAUUCGAAGCCUUUGCGACAGCAAGCCUCCCAGCUUGCAAAUGUGCUGCUCGCGUACCCUUCCGGUCCAACGUCCUGGACCUUUCCUACUUACUGACAGACAGGGAAGCUCGUGCAGUGCAGCAGUUAAACCAGUUGUACUCCAUGAGGACAGGGCAGCGACCAGAAAGCAACCCGGACCUGUGCUACUUCCUCGGAGACGACCCCUCCUUUACAGUUAAUUGGAGCGCUGUCAGCAACCGGGUCCCGGUCUUGAGGCGCAACGCUGGCAAACUCUGGUUCCCAGCUGAGAGGCGCUGGAUGACGUCUGCAGAAAAGCUGCUAAUCCUGCAAGCAAGACCGAGAGAGGCUACGUGCGUCUGUGGGUGUCGUGUGUCUUUGUGUGCUUUUAGGUCAGUGUUUGCAUGGCUGUUUGGGUGUCUACUUCACUUUGGAUUUCCUCGAGGUUUUGUGUACUCCCGGAUUUAG